AUGCAGCAGUUAAAUCAGGUGGAGGAAUUUAAGAAUCUUUGGGUCUUAUUCAUGGCUGAAGAUAACGGUUUGGAUGGCCUUCAAGACUGGUUAAGCACACAGAAGCAGCACAAACGUAGUCUGUAUGGAAUCUGCAAUAGACAUAAUCUGCGAACAUCGAUCCAGUUUAAUAAACUAUUGCUCUCUACAUUACUUGUGGAGCAUACACACAGGUUUAUAUAUUGUUCAGUACCAAAAGUAGGAUGUAGCAACUGGAAGAGGACAAUUCUUCAGUUAUCCAUGAACAUCAGUGGCAGGGAUCCUGGAGAGUUUUCCCAAAAAAAUAUACACAGAAGUAUCCUGAUCAAGAAUCUUACAUCCUAUUCCCUUCAGAAGCAGUUAUUUUUGCUACAGAAUUAUACCAAAAUAAUGUUUAGCAGGAAUCCAUUAGAGAGGCUUGUAUCAGCAUACAGGGACAAAUUUCUUCAUGAAAAUGACUACUAUUCUACAACUGUCGCAAAUAAAAUCAAACGUAAAUACAGACAUAAAAGCAAUGAUAAUUCUACAGUAACAUUUAAAGAGUUUAUUAGGUAUGUAGUAGAAGAAAAUAACAAUGAUAUCCAUUGGAUGCCGAUGUUCCAGCUUUGUCAACCAUGUAGUAUUGAGUAUGACUUUAUUGGAAGGCAUGAGUCAAUGACAGAGGAUGCAGAUAAUAUUCUGAAGUACCUUGGUGUCCCAAAGCAUGUGCAUUUCCCAGAUUACAAGAAACAUAGCAAUGAGGGCAGAACCACGUUAAACAUCACAGAAACAUUUCUCCAACACUUUACCAAAAACGAAAUCGAUCAAAUUUAUCACAAAUACAAAACAGAUUUUCUGAUAUUUAACUAUUCAUAUGCUUAA